AUGUGCUGUUUCCUCUAGGCUCAGCUGUGCCUCUCGGAUCGUGUCGAUUCCACUUGAAACAACGCUGCCAAAAUCCUAAAGAGGAGCAGUUCAUAUACAUGCGCAUAUUUGGUAUAUGUGUGCAUAUAUAUAAAUGUAUGUCUCUCUGUGUGUACGUGUGCCUCUAUGUAUGUAGAUAUAUAUUUCCCGGACUACUCCUCCAUCUUCAAUGCUCUUGCCAGCACAACGGAGGAUUUGACAGCAACGGGAAGAACAUCCAGACAACCAGGAAACAGGCAAGGAUCCAGCACUGCAUCAUUUGAGCAAAUUCACUGGCAUUUUAUUUUUCUCCACGUUUGAUUGUAGGACGAUGUAUUAGAGGAGGGAACCCCACUAUCUGCUUUUUUUAAAACCCUGCCCAACAGGAGAGUCUGUUUUACAGUGUAAAAAAAAUCAAGGCAGGGAAAAAGGUCAGUUUAUAAUUCUGAUUGCAAAACGUGUUUUUCUUUUUUUGAAAUCGUUGUUCCGCUGAGUCGGGGUCUAUUUCACUUUCUUCAAAGCUAAAGACAAUCUCUUGGAUGAUGCGCUGAAGAUGUCAGGGUCCAGAGUCGGUUUUCCAAACGGAUUUUUGCUGGAAGAUGGGAGGAUGGAGGCAGACGUUAGCAGGAUCAUCCGAAACUUGGAGCUGGGCACUGUCAUGACUUUAUAUUACCAGAAGAAAUCGCAGAGACCCGAGAGAAAAACUUUUCAGGUGAAACUGGAAACCAGGCAGAUCACCUGGUGCAGGACGAGCGACAAGAUCGAAGGCGAAAUUGACAUCCGGGAAAUUAAAGAAAUUCGACCUGGGAAGAAUUCAAGAGAUUUUGAACGUUAUCCAGAUGAUGCGCGGAAACUGGAUGCUAGUCUAUGCUUUGUUAUUCUGUAUGGGAUGGAAUUCAGGCUGAAAACACUAAGUCUUUCAGCAUUCAAUGAAGACGAUAUUAAUUUAUGGAUAACAGGAUUGAACUGGCUGGUUCAGGACACCCAGAAGUCUUCUACACCCCUUCAGGUAGAAAGGUGGCUCAGGAAGCAAUUUAAUUUGAUGGAUAGGAACAAAGAAAACAGUAUCACAGUGAAGGAUCUAAAGGUCAUGCUUCCUCAAGUUAACUACAGAGUCCCAAAUAUGAGAUUCUUGCGGGACAGGUUGUUGUCAGAAGACAUUAAAUUAAUUUUUCGAGAAGAACAGAGGAAUGUCGAAAGGCCUGAGCUGUGUCAGGUUACCCUGUACGACUUUCAAAGGUUUCUGCAAUAUGAUCAGAAGGAAAGCUGGGCAAAUGACAUCAACAAAGUUCGAGAGUGCAUCUUUAAUUACUUUAAAGACCCAUUGAGGGAGAUAUCAGACCCUGUUUUACAACUGGAUGAGUUCUUGGCAUAUCUGUUCUCUAAAGAGAACAUGAUUCUGGAUUCAAGGUUUGAACGUGUGACUUCAGAGGAAAUGAACUAUCCUCUUUCCUAUUAUUGGAUCUCUUCAUCACACAACACGUAUCUGACUGGUGACCAGUUUUCCAGUGAGUCAUCAUUGGAGGCCUAUGCCCGAUGCCUGAGGAUGGGAUGUCGCUGCAUAGAACUGGAUUGCUGGGACGGCCCAGAUGACCUGCCAAUUAUUUACCACGGACACACUCUUACCUCCAAAAUCAAAUUCCUGGAUGUGUUGUACACAAUAAAGGAACAUGCCUUCAUCACCUCAGAGUUUCCAAUUAUUCUGUCCAUUGAAGACCAUUGCAGUGUUGUCCAGCAACGAAACAUGGCAUCUCAUUUCAAGAAGGUCUUUGGGGACAUGUUGUUGACCAAACCUGUAGACAUCAAUGCAGAUGAACUCCCAUCACCAAAUCAACUGAAGAAAAAAAUCCUGAUAAAGCACAAGAAGUUGGUGGAAGGCAACCUGUACGAAGAGGUUUCAUCAGCAAGUUAUUCAGAAAAUGACAUAAGCAACUCUAUUAAAAAUGGCAUCCUAUACCUAGAGGAUCCCAUUGACCAUAACUGGAGUCCACAUUAUUUUGUCCUCACAAGUAAUAAGAUCUAUUAUUCUGAAGAAACAUCGAGAUACCAGAACAAUGAGGAUGAAGAGGAAGAAGAACAAAAAGAGGAGUUCAACAACAACGAUCUGCACUUCAGCGAGAAGUGGUUCCAUGGGAAGCUCGGUGGCGGGAGAGAUGGUCGUCAGAUAGCCGAGAAGCUUCUCCAUGAGUACUGCACGGAGACCGGUGGAAAGGAUGGCACCUUCCUCGUGAGGGAGAGUGAGACAUUUGUGGGUGAUUACACUCUGUCUUUCUGGAGAUCAGGGAGAGUUCAACAUUGCCGCAUCCAUUCACGGCAAGAAGCUGGCACCACCAAGUUCUACCUGACUGAUAAUCUGGUCUUUGACAGCCUCUACGCCUUGAUCAGCCAUUACCGGGAGGUUCCAUUGCGUUGUAAUGAAUUUGAGAUGAGAUUGACUGACCCUGUACCACAACCAAACGCUCAUGAAAGCAAAGAGUGGUACCACGCCAACCUAACACGACUACAGGCUGAGCACAUGCUAAUGAGAGUACCACGGGAUGGAGCCUUCUUAGUGCGCAAACGAAAUGAAUUCAACUCAUACGCCAUAUCCUUUCGGGCGGAGGGGAAAAUUAAACACUGCCGGAUCCAACAGGAAGGCCGCCUCUUCAUGCUUGGAAGCUCAGCAGAAUUUGAGAGCCUAGUGGACCUGGUGAAUUAUUAUGAAAAGCACCCUUUGUAUCGUAAAAUGAAACUGCGGUACCCAAUCAACGAGGAAACCUUGGAGAAGAUGGGUACAACAGAACUGGAUUAUGGAGCACUUUAUGAAGUACGGACUCCUCAUUUUUAUGUUGAAGCUAAUAAGAUGCCAACUGCAAGGUGCACUGUCAAAGCACUGUAUGAUUACAAAGCACAGAGAGAGGAUGAGCUAUCCUUCUGUAAACAGGCUCUGAUCCACAAUGUCGACAAGCAAGAUGGUGGAUGGUGGCGAGGAGACUACGGAGGUAAAAAACAGCUGUGGUUUCCAGCAAACUAUGUGGAGGAGAUAACCAACACACUAGUCCCUGAACAGGAUGAAGCGUCUGUGGAAAACAGUCCAUUGGGAAGUUUCCUCAAAGGAUUUAUUGAUGUUCCAACAUGUCAUGUCGUUAUCCAGAAGGAAGGAAAAGGAAGCAAACCGUAUGUGUUCACGAUCCACUCCCAACAAAUGUCCCACCCAGUGCAGAUGUUGGACGUGGCUGCAGAUGGUCAGGAGGAUCUGAAUGACUGGGCCGCAAAGAUCCGAGAGGCGACACAGAAUGCAGAUGCCAGAAUGCAAGAAGGAAAAAUAAUGGAGAGACGGAAGAAGAUUGCACUAGAAUUAUCAGAGCUGGUUGUCUAUUGUCGACCUGUGCCAUUUGAUGAGGAAAAGAUCGGAACAGACAAAGCCUGUUACAGAGACAUGUCGUCCUUCCCCGAAACAAAGGCAGAAAAGUAUGCCAACAAGAGUAAGGGCAAGAAAUUUCUUCAGUAUAACCAUAGGCAGCUGAGCCGCGUCUAUCCAAAGGGCCAACGCUUGGACUCCUCCAACUACGACCCACUGCCGAUGUGGAUCUGCGGCAGCCAACUGGUGGCACUCAACUUCCAGACGCCAGAUAAACCAAUGCAGCUGAACCAGGCGAUCUUCACAAUGAAUGGAAAGAGUGGCUAUGUCUUGCACCCUGACAUCAUGAGAGAUGAGAACUUUGACCCUUUUGACAAGAACACUCUCAAGGGUGUGGAACCAAUCACAGUGCAGCUUCAGAUCCUAGGAGCACGACACUUGCCCAAGAAUGGAAGGAGCAUUGUUUGUCCAUUUGUUGAAGUGGAGGUAUGUGGAGCUGAGUAUGACAACAGCAAAUACAAGACAGAGGUGGUGGCGGAUAAUGGGUUAAAUCCUGUAUGGCUCUUCAAGCAAUUUGUCUUUGACAUCAACAAUCCUGAAUUUGCCUUUUUGAAGUUCAUCGUGUAUGAUGAGGACAUGUUCAGUGACCCCAACUUCCUUGCCCAGGCAACCUAUCCUGUUAAAAGCCUUAAAACAGGUUACAGAUCUGUGCCUCUGAAAAACAGCUACAGUGAGGAACUAGAGCUGGCCUCUCUACUUGUUCACAUUGAGAUAGUCAAUGCCAAGGAGGAAGACGAUGAGAACCUCUAUUCAUCCAUCCAGCAACUACGCGAUCGGACAAACGAGCUUUCCAGUCAGGUGUCAAGUUUUGAACGGAAUAAUGGCUGUGACUCCAGGUACCAGCAGCAACUGGAUGAGCUACGGGUUGCGCAGGAUCAGUUGAUGGAGCUAACUGAAGCUCGAAACAGACGACUCAUCGAAAAGAAAAAGAGAGACAGACUACGGCAACAAAUGGUGAACAAGAGAAACUAAUGAAUCAUGUGACUCUGGCAGCACCGAGGCUGCAAAUCGUUAAGAAGUCUAUCGGUUUCUAUGGAAACCCACUGCAGAUUCGGCCUACGUUCAGGCAGUCCUGGAAAAUUCCUGUAUGAAGUCCAUUUAGCACAUGGUGUUAGCUGGCCUAAGCUUUUUGGAGAUGAAUUCAGAGACUAAUGAUAUAGCUCUGGUGCCUUUUUAACUUUUUCUUUUGUUUCCCUUUCAUCAUGUAACAUUCACAGAUGACCGAUUAUUUUUUUAAAAAUAUCAAUAUAAAGAUCUUAACAAGAGAAACACGUGCAUUUACAUCAGAUCUGAAACUUAGUACGACCUGAUUCUCGCCAGUGUAGGUCUCAUGCAACUAUGGUGAAGUUCAUUCAGUUAAUCCAGUACUGUGGCGAUUUCUCCACCUCAUUUCUGGUCCUUACAUAGCCCUACAUAGCUCCCAUGUGCCACACUUAUUCCCUGACACUUUCCCUCUCAUACAUUGCUGAUGACAUGACUGUAAUAAAAUGCCAAGGGAGACCUCUUAGUACAUUCAACAAAAAUAACGAAGAUUAUUCAAUGCCCUGGGGAACUAUGCAGAAAUGGCCAUGGUGAGGACAUUGGUGGCUAGUUAUUGUUUUGCUCACGGAGACAUUUUGUUCCACACACAGCCUCAAGCUUUGGAAUAAAAGGGAACAAAUUGUUUGGUAAAAAAGACUGCUCUUUCAAAAGAACUUCAAUUUUUCUUUUCCUGGCUGAGUAGCUCUCUAAUGAGGACGCUUUUUAAUGUUUUUGUUUCCAUUAACAGAUUUUCCCAACCCUUCCCGCCAUCCCAAAAUAAUAAACGCCAAGGUUGGGGUUUCGGAGACAGGCUCCUUCACUACCGUUAAUUGAUUCUCUCAGGCAGACUGCUGGGAGAGUGAGAACGGAAUUUUUUUUAAAGAAAAUUUUUAUUUUUCCAAGUUUCAAUUGUACAAAGUUAAAAGGGUCCGUAAUGCCCGACAUACGGGUGGAACUGAGCACGAGCAUUAAUGAAUAAAAAGAUGUAAAGGAAAAUAUGUAGCCCAGCAUUUAAGUUGACAUUACAUACGUGAGUACGAUCAGAUUCAAUAAACAGUGUUAGUACUUA